GAUAAAGUCUGUCCUCCUCUACCUCAAUACAGCAAAUCUUCCCAGUAUGACCUUCUACUGACCUAAACUCUAGAAGAUGGCUUUUCUACUCCAUGGACGAUGCUCCUUAGCCCCUCUGAUUAUCUUUCUCUCUGUCAUUGUAGGACUGUCAGGAGCUGCUGUCAGACCUGUGGUGACCUUCACUCCACCCUGGAACAAGAUCUUACCCGGAGAAGCUGUAAGAAUGACCUGUGAUGUGGACACCACCGAGCAAGGAGACAUCACAUACACCUGGUACAGGAACAAUAAAUGGACGAAUACAGGAAAGAGUUUAAUAAUUUUACCCACCCAGUCCAGACAUGGAGGGAGUUACCAGUGCGGAACCAGUGAGGAUAAUAUCAGCGAGGCCGUUACACUCAAUGUUACAAAGGGUCCCGUCGUCCUGCAGGCGCCGCCGUACAUAUAUGAAGGAGAUGACCUCCCGCUGAGAUGUUACAGCGGCUCCAGGAACACAGCGGGGCCAAUAGUGUUUUAUAGGAACAAUACAAUGAUAAAUCCAUCCACCACUGACCCCGAAAUCCUGGUCAGAGACCACAGAGAUGAGACCGCUGUAUACAAGUGUGAAAAACAAGUAAUAGACUAUACUACACACAGCGAUGAGACUGUCCUCACUGAUCGAGGAGCUGCUGCCUCAUUCGUGGUGACCUUCUAUCCAAACUGGAGAAAGAUCUUUACAGGAGAGUCUAUAACAAUGUACUGUAAUAGAGAGCACUAUGGGACAUAUUCCUGGUAUAAAGAUUGGAGGUUAUUGGAGAAUAUUGACCAGAACUUUCUUACAAUCCAGUCUGCACAAAGACAUGACAGUGGGAGAUACCAGUGUGGAACCAGAUAUGUUCUCAGUCCUGCGGUCAGCUUGGACGUCAGCGAUGGCCCGGUCAUCCUGCAGGCUCCUCUCUUUGUACAUGAUGGAGAUGACAUAAAGCUGAGAUGUCACAGCCGUCCUGAGUAUUCUGUAGAAUGGACAAAAUUCCUUAAAGAUGACAAAUUACUACAGGAUUCAGGAGAUGAAACAAUAAACCUCAGACAAGGAGAUGUGACUGGAAGAUACCGAUGUGAGAGAAGACUGAGCAGGAAACCUGUGUCUUACACCGAUUCUGUGUCUGUUCCCAUCAGAGAGCUGUUCUCCCGUCCAGAGAUCAGACUGACCCCAUCCAAUAUUACUGAAGGUGAUGACAUGACCCUGACGUGUGACACCAGGCUUAGUCCAUACAGACAGAGCACAGAACUACAAUUUGCGUUCUACAGAGAUGGAAGCGAAGUCCAGGGAUUUACCACAUCUGAUAGAUAUGAAGUUCUGUCCGCUCAGCUGGAGGAUUCUGGCAAUUAUUCCUGUACAGGGAGAACAUCAGACGGCAGAGUGUGGAAACCAAGUCAAGAGUUAGAUGUCCACCUGGAAGGUGGAAGAAAGGAAAAGAGGGAUUUCAUGGUGAUGAAUAUUAUCCGGCUGAUAAUGUCAGGACUGAUUGUUGUUAUAGGAGCUGUUAUUGUAAUUCAUCACCUAAAGAGCCGAGCAGCCGAUCCCCAGAAGAAAGGACAAGGAAGGGGUUAAUUACAAAGAGUCAUCAGACACCCCCUUUAGUUUGCUAGAAUUAUGUCAGUGUGUCAUCAUCCUGUACCCCAAGUGUCAGUGUGUCAUCAUCCUGUACCCCAAGUGUCAGUGUGUCAUCAUCCUGUACCCCAAGUGUCAAUG